GCAGCACUGCGCAACCAGUUGAAUGCAAAUGGGCCAGCGUCGUACUAGAAUUUUAUCAACUAUUUUUGUUUUUUUUCAAGUGCAAAACGUGUGUUAAUUAACAAAACCUAUACACAAGGAAAGUGCAUGCUAGGAAGCACAGUUGCAGCAUAAAAUGCAUGAGCCGCAAGCCAUUUUAAACAGUAAUUUAACAAUUUUGAACACAAUUAAAACUAACACACACACACGCGUAUCGCGUGCAUAAACAUAUGAGCAAAUCAUAGAAAAAACCAACACAACAAUAACAACAACACGAGAGCAACAAAGUAUGUGGAAUAGUGAACAAUAAUAUAAUUGAUAAAUUCAUAGAAAUAAAAAUACAAAAAAAACCCGAUUGUGCAGCCAGCCAAAGGAGGGAACAAACGAAACGGCAACAAAACGAGCCAGGCGCGAUUUGUGUGUGCGCCUUGUCGUCGUCGUCGUCCCUGUGUCAAUAGCCGCCGCAAGAGAGAAAAAAAAUUCGUAACUAAAAAUAGAAACAAAUAGACAAAACCCCGCAGCCGCUGACGUUGGCGACGUUCGAACUUUGGGCCUCGCCUCCGUAUUAUCAAAGUGUUGGUUAGUUACCGUUAGCCUGUUGGCCGAAGCAGCAGCCAUAACAUAACAAACAUAUUAAAAAAACAACAAAUAACUGAAAAGUGAAAAUACAAGACAUUUCUGUUGCUAUUUUGUUUUGUUUUUAGUUUUCGUUUUGUUUUGUUUCUUGUCUGUCUCGCUGCGUUUUGUUUGGACACCAAAAUAUAGACUACAAAUAAGAGUAAAAACAACAACAACAACAGCAGCAGCAACAGCAACAAAAACGGAUCAACACAAUGCUCUUAAAAUUCACAAAAACCAGUGGAGCCGGCGGCGCGGGUUCGGGCACCAGUUCAUCCAUCCAAGCGACUACAACGUAUGCGGUGCGCGGUGGAACAGGCAUGCGCAUGACCAUGUCCACAAACUCAACGAUGAGUCCGCGGAUACAUCGCAAAGGCUUUCGGAUACCAUCGAAAAGACAGCCGGGCAAGGGACUGCCGGGUAAACUGCACACCAUAGCCCGGACGGGGCCGGGAAAGCUUGUGCCUGGCAAGCGAAUACCACAGCGACCGCAUCCGCCGCCCUGUGACAAUUCGAACGACAGCGGCCUGGGAUUCGAUCAGCACACGGAGCUGCGCAAUGGUGCAGCUGCUGUUGCUGCUGAUGCCAGGAGCAAUGGUGCCAACAGCGCCAGCAGUAGCAGCAGCAGCAGCAGCAGUAGCAGCAACAGCAGCAGCAGCAGCAGCAGCAGCAGUAGCAGCAGCAGCAGCAGCAGCAGCGGCAACAGUAGCGCCUCAGGCAGUGGACAGCACACAAAUCUGUUGGUUAACAGCGCGUUGAACAACAGCGUGGCCGUCAGCAACUCGCUGCAACAGCAUCACCAGCACCAGCAGCAGCAACAGCAGCAGCAACAGCAGCAACAUCAUCAGCAACAGCAGCAACAUUCACCGCAGCAGCAUUUAAUACGCGCGAUACCCGUUUCAAGAUCGCGUCAUGCCAAGAAAAUGCUCAACUAUCUGGAUGAUAUUGAGCCGGACUCAUCGGCAUCAUUUGUGGAUGAACUGGCCACGCCACCCAGCAACGAUGAGGACACGGGCUUUGGCACGGACAGCAACCAGGCAACUGCCUCAGCAACAGCAACAACAACGGCAACAACAACACAAACGGCAACGCUCAGCUCCGAGCUUUUUGGCGGCCUCUUCAACACAACGAUGAGCCACAAGGCCACCGAUGUGGUACUUACCGUGCAACAUCAGCUGCAUGAACAGCAGCAGCAACAGCAUCAUUUCCAGCAACAACAGUCGCAGCCGCAGCAGCAGCAUCAGCAGCAGCAGCAGCAGCAGCAGCAGCAACAACAUCAAUUUCACUAUCCCGGAUUACAUUUGCAGCUCCAGCAGCAGGAAAGCAGCAGCGGGGCGGAAAGCGGGAGCGGAGGAGGACGCGGUGGCAAGCAUCUGAAACGUCGGAAGCUCGAAUGCAAUCAAGUGGAGCUCGACAACGAUGAUGCCUGCAGCGAGGAUGAGUUUAUACGCAAAAUUGCCACCGUUGUGGCCGACAGCGCAGCCAGCAGCAGCGAGGCAGGCAACAUCGGAGCCAUCGGAGCCAACAUCGGCAUUGCCAGUAUUGGUGGCGCCACAGCACGUUGCAUGUCCGCAGAAACUGUGAGCCACAGCAGCAUCAAGAUCCACGGCAGGAGCAGCACCAACAGCAGCAGCGAGCCAAAAUUCAUUGGAACGCGCGCCGUGACCCGCGUGGCUAACAAAAGGCAACCAACGACACCAUUGAACAGCAUCGCCAGCUCCAAUGAUGGCCAUGUCCAGCUGGAGAUUGUCUCCCAACCAGAGCAACAGCAUCGCGCCCGUUACCAGACCGAGGGUAGCCGCGGCGCAGUCAAGGAUCGCAGCGGCAACGGUUUCCCCAUUGUCCGGCUAACCGGCUAUGAAAAGUCAGCUGUGCUCCAGGUGUUCAUCGGCACGGACAUUGGACGCGUCGCACCGCAUAUGUUCUAUCAGGCGUGCAAGGUGGCUGGCAAGAAUUCGACGCAGUGCAACGAGAAGAAGGUCGACGGCACCAUGGUCAUUGAGAUUGAUUUCAAGCCCGAAACGGACAUGACCGUCACCUGCGAUUGCGUUGGCAUCCUUAAGGAACGCAAUGUCGAUGUGGAACAUCGUUUCCCGGAGCACCUGGCACAGAAGAAUAAAAAGAAGUCAACACGUUGUCGCAUGGUCUUUCGCACGCAGCUAACACGCGACGAUGGCAGCACUGAGACACUGCAGGUCUGCUCCAAUCCCAUCAUAUGCACUCAGCCACCAGGCGUUCCAGAGAUCUGUAAAAAAUCACUCAACUCUUGCCCCGUGGAUGGCGGUCUGGAGCUGUUCAUCAUUGGAAAGAACUUUUUAAAGGACACGCACGUUGUGUUCCAGGAGACCUACGACAGUGUCAAUUCCGAUGAUCCGGCAGCCGAGAUAGUGGGCCGUCAGCAGCUAAUCGGUGGAACGGCAGCGCUUUGGGAACAGAGCGUGCUGCCCGACAAGGAGUACUUGCAUCAGACACAUUUGAUCUGCACAGUUCCGCCAUAUCUGCAUCAGAAUCUGCUAAAGCCGGUCAGCGUACAGGUGUCAAUCAUCUCGAGCGGCAAGAAGAGCGAGCCGCACACCUUCACAUACACCCCCAAGGGCAGCUAUACGACUCUAGCGGCGGCCAGCACGUUAAGUAGCACAAUGCAUAGCCAAGAUGUUGCCAACUUCAUGGACACGAGCAACGCGCCCGCCAACAACUCCGCCUGGGUGGGCAACAAUGGCAGCAGCAAUGCCGCCGCCGUUGUCGCCGCCGGUGGAAGCGUUGUGGAAACGAAACAUGAACUGGAUUUGGGCAUGAUGCCGCCGCCGAUCACGACACAGAUACCGAUGGGACUGCGCCGCUCCUCGUUGUCCGGGGCGACGCCCAUGAUAACGGAUCAGCAGCUGGUGCAUCUGAGCAGCGCGGAUGCGGCACUGAAGAGCGAGCUGCUGGACGAGAACAGUUCGCUCAGCCCGCACACAGGCGAGGCGCUCCACUCACCGGAGGCACUCAAUCCGUGCAGCCCCAAUGCGCUGCAGUAUCAUGCGCAUUAUGCGCGCAAGGCCAGCCUGGACACGAUCAUGUACGAUCAGUCGAAUAGUAUGCCCGGCUUUCCAGUGCCCGCUGCGUCAUCUGUGGAACUGGAUCCCGCCUCCGCGGUGGCUGUGGCCGUUGGCCUGGCCGUCAAGCACGAAAUUGUCCAGCAUGUGGUGCAGCAGCAGCAACAACAGCAACAACAGCAGCAACAACAGCAACAACAACAACAGCAGCAGCAGCAACAGCAGCAGCAGUCGGCUGCCAAUGUGCACAAGUUCAUUGAUGAUCUGACCAAGUCCACGUCUGUGGUCAACAGCAACGGCACCAGUGAGCCGGCGCUUUUCACCGGCUCGUCGGUCAUUGACCACGCCCUCACGGACAUACUGCAACAGAAGGUGGGCGUACUGUCGCACACGCACCCGCACACGCACACUCACGGACACGCCCACGGACACGGACACACAACGGCGACAGCUGCGCCCAGUGUGCUGAAGCGAAGCCUCUCCAUUAGCAGCAACAACUCCAACUCGAGCUCGCUAUCGGGCAGCGAAACAUCACCAAAUAGCUCGCCGCUAACGCAGGACAUAAUCCUCAACUCGGAGCCGGCGGCGGCCUUGGGCGCCGGCCUGCCAUUGCAGCAGUUGACAGCGGUGCCCGCUGCGGCAGCUGCUGCUGCUGCUGUGGCCAACGCCGGCGGCGCUUUGUCCACGGACAUCAUCAUGAAUCCGGCUGUGUCGCCGUCAACCAUACUCUGUUCAGCAAAUGGCGCUGCCACCGCUGUGGUGGCCAACAUAUUGGCGCCCCAUCAGGUGACCAUGGCCAAUUCGAUACUGAACGACAUCGCCAUGCAGGCGGAGCCGACGCGCCAGGAUGCCGCUGUUGCUGCCUUGGCGCUGAGCAACAUUAUGAUGAGUCCGCCGAAUGCCGCCGCUGGCGUCGAUGUCGGUGAUAGCCUGCCGCCGACACCCGCUGUCAUGCAGCCGGAGGUGGCUGCCACAGCCACCUCGACGGCCGUUAGCAAUAUGAUAAUAAAGGCUGCAGCUGAUUUUAUAACAACACAAGAGCAGGAACAGCAUCAUUAUCACCAGCAGCAGCAGCAGCAGCAACAGCAGCAACAGCAGCAGCAGCAUGCGCAUGCCCAUUCGCAUUCACAUCCUCAUCCACAUACACAUCCUCACCCACAUCCACAACAGCAGCAGCAGCAGCAGCAGCAGGCAGCAAAUGCGGCCGCCACUGGCGGAGAUCCGCUUGUCAAUCUGCUGUUAAACCACAGCACAUCGGAAACAGUCGCCGUGGAGGCAGCCACCGCUGCCGCCGUCGCCGCCGGCUUCCCAGCACUGUCAGCUGUCCACCUGCCCGUUGUGCCGCCCACACCACAAGAAUCUCUCAUUGUUGCGCUGGCCACUGAGAAUGCAUUGCAAAAGUCUGUGGCCACUGCGGCCGUUACCACCAAUGGAGCUGUGAUGACACAGCAGGCAUCGGCGCCCAGCAGCGCCGGCAGCAUUCUGCCCGCUGCCGUUGGCGCCGUCGCUGCGGCCGCCGCAGUCGCUGUGCAGCCGCCCAUACCCCAGGAGCUGACCACAAUGUCCGACCAAGAUCUAAUCAGUUACAUCAAUCCGAGCACCUUCGAUCAGCUUUAAACGGCGACAGAUCAACAAAUUAAACUAUUGGGUUAUUUUAAUCAACUAAGGGGAAACCACACAGGCCUAAUCCUAAGCGUAAACACAUAAAACACACACACACACACACACACACACACACAAACACACAGUUUAAUGUGGACCAAAUUUCUUGUAUCAUUCGGUUAGCAGAACUAAUUUUACCACCAAUGAGAAAAGUGCAAUGAAAAUCGCCUCUCUCUUUCACACCCACACACACAAGCACACAGACACACACGCACACACAUUUGUAUAGUUUUAAGCACACUUGUUAAGCUGUAGACCCUAUAGAUAUACCAUUUUUUUUUGUUUUUGUUACAUUUAAAUUGAUUUUUUGUCAACAAAAGUCAAAUUAUCUCAAAAAUGAUAACGACUGCCAUAUAAAUACAUGAAUAAAACACAAUCAAUCGCCCCAACUAAAUAAUAAUACAUAAAAAACAAAUCAACAAUUGCAGUUAACAAAUUAAAUAUACAUUUUAAAACAGAUUUUAACUAUUUAAUUAAUUUUCUAUUUGCGUAUUAUUAUUUUGUUGCGUUUAUGUCCCGAAACUUUUUGAAAGUUCAAGUCUGAUUUGAUAUACAUACAUAUAUAUAUAAAACAACUAUAUAUAAAUAUUUCUAUUUUUUUUUUUUUUUUUUGUGCAAAAUAUAUAUUUCAUAUUUUUAUUAUUAUUAAUACUUAUUAUUAUUAUUUUGUCUUCUGUUAAGGGGUUUGCAAAAUGAAAACAACAAAAAUUAUCUACAUACAUGUAUAAAUAUUUAUAGCUACGAAUAUGAAUAUGCGAAAAUUCCAAAAGACUUUUUAUUUAAAAACAAACAAAAAAAAAACAAAAGGAAAAACAAAAACUUUCUUUCAUACUGUUCAAGUUUUAAAUGUUUAAACUAUAUCGCAAAGAACGAGGAAACAGCACGCACACAAAUAUAACAAAUAUUUUUUAUGCUAAACAUUAUAAUUAUAAUAACUAUAAUGUUUAUUAUUAUGAUCAUUUAUUGUUAGUAGCUGCUAAAUGUAGUCGUAGUCAUAGGCCACAAAUCAGAGUUACCUAAAAAUUACAUAGAUAUAUAUGCCGUAUACCAGAUAGAUCAAAUGUCUGCGCAUUGCUUAGUAUUACCCCCCACGCAUAACAAAAAUAAUAAAAGAGCCUCCGAAGAAUGAAAUAUUUUACAUUUAUACAUUUAUGGAGUACACUUUGCAAUAAUUGUUAAAUUUGCUUCGAUUUUAUAGAGGACAACAGUCACAAAAAAAAGAAGCAACAACAAAUAAACCCCUCUUGAAUAUGCAUUUGUAUACCCUGUACCUACAAUUUGUUGUACGAUAUUUAUACAUAAAUAUUUAUUAUAUGUAAAAUUAAAGCAUAGAAUUUGACGAA